AUGCUAGACACGAUCCUCUGCUUCAUGAAUCACGCCAUGAACAUGCCGCACCAGGCCGACCUUCUCAGGGACUGGGGAGCCCUCCAGAAUUUACGUGAUGGCAACACCACCCUGGCUUGGCGCCGGUAUUUUGACAGCGACGGCGACGGCAACCUCAGUUUCUCCGAGUUUUGUGGCGCGCUGGCCAUGUUUGGCUACAAGCGCGACGCGCUGGACUUGUGGAGGGGGCUGGCCGGAGACGAGUCCUUGGUGAGCCUGGAGGUUGUGGACAGGGACGGGGCCGCCAUCUGCGAUUACUUUGCCGACUGGUGCCUUAAGGUCAAGGGCGGGCCUCUCGAGGUCUUCCGGGCCAUGGACUCGGACGAGUCCUUGUCGUUGACGCCUCAGGAGUUCUUACAAGGGCUCGAGGACCUCGGCUUCUUCAGUGAGGAGGGCAUCAUCCCCCAGCUGGACACUGAGGAGAAGGUGAUGACCUGCCUUUACCCUCUUAUCGACGUCCACGCGGGCGGUCUCGUAAUGUGCGAGCACAUGUUGUUCCUCGAGAGGGACAGGAAGAAGAGCGCCCAGAUCAGAAAAGAGAUCCAGAGGAUCCGGGAGCUGGGUAUCGAGGGGGCCCCGGAGCCGCUAGCAAGCCAGGCCAACGAGCUGCUGAGCCAGCUCAGCAAGGGCAAGGGCGUGCAUGAGUACGAGCCCUCAGCCAUGCUGAAGAUGGGCUCCGUCUCCGAGGGCAGCCUCAGCGCUGUCAGCAGGAGCAGGCCUCCGCCUCGACGGGCGGCCGACGGGGACGGCGGCCCGGGGCACCCGGGCGCGAGGGCAGGCCCCGCGGCAUCCACAGCCGGCGGCGCGUCCCGUUCCCUGUCGCUGCCGCGGCUGGGCGAGGCAAGGGCCGAGCGGGCCGCGGCGUCCAUGGGCGCGCCGAAGGCGUUCCCCAGCGUGCCGGACACGCCGAUGGUGCCCGCCACGACUGGGCGCGUCAAGGAGAAGAGGCGCAAGAAGGCCUACGGCACGUCCUUGCUGCCUGCGCUGAUGCCCGCGGCCCACCCGCCCUCCCUCCGGCCGCGGCGGGCCGGUCCGCAGGACAAGCCAGCUGCCAACUUCAGGCCGACACGGGCAGAGGAUUUCCUGGAUCCCACGAAGCAGCGGAGCCUCUUGGAGCAUUACAUGCUGAAAGGUAUGGCGUAGGCACCAGUGGCAUCCGCGCUCUCCUCGUCCGCCUUCUGCCCUCCUGCAUCCGAAAUCCCAUUCUGUCUCGCCUCCCGUCUCCCGAUGCGUCUGAACCUCCCACCGCCUUGCGACAGUUCGUGGUCUCUUUAUGGCGCGCUUCUCCCUCGCAACGCGGCGGUGCUGCAGGCACAGUACUGUAGUGUAGCGUCUCACCGUUUCACGCGGUCGUCCAUCGGCUGCUUCGGCGAGGGGGGGAGUGCAGACGCAGUUGGGGCAUAUCACGGCCACCUCUGCACCUCCAGGAGCGCCGACCCCCGCACGCCUCCCUGCAGAAGCUCCCAGCCCACGGGCUGGCCGCCCGUUGCGCGCGGAGAUCCGGGGCGCCGCGCUCGACCCCCGGCGCUCGUGCGUGAGUUGCUGAAUCGGGCG